AUGAAUCGGCUUCCAGAGACGAAUACAGGCACCGUUACUUCCUGGAUCCCGAUUUCAACUGCAUAUCCUCAUCAAGCCGGCUGCGACGAAUACUUUUGGCAAUAUGUUACAGACACAAUCGCGGCUUGGGACCCGGGAUAUGGAAUCUCAGUUCGAACAGACGCCACAUGUCUUCCCAAACCGGUGACAACAUGGUGGUUGCAGGAUCGGUUUGGACCCAUUAAGGAAACAAUACUUAGUAUAGGACCUGUUACUUGCCCUCAGGAUUAUUAUACUGCCACGGCGUCCGCCAAAGAUGCUUCGAGCACUUUCGUGGCUUGCUGUCCAUUGAAUUAUGACUUUGUAAGCGUUUUGGGUCCGGGCAACACCGGCCAAUGUACAUCAGACGUUAAGAAGGGGGAUAUAAUCACGUUUGCUCAGAAAGAUGCCAAUUGGAAGGUUACCAGUUCGACAGCCACACAAGCCACGAAUAUCGCAGCGAUCCCCGUGAAUGGCUGGACAUUUGCUACACCCACAAACUCUCCUGCAAAUAACGAUACGGAGAGUUGCGAUGCUUCGGUAUCGGAUGCAUUGGCAAACUAUAUUGCGACAAACACUGCUAGCUGUGAUGCUACCAAUGGCGGUGGGAUUUCAUCAAGCGCCGCAGUGGGGAUUGGACUUGGCUCAUUCUUUGGAGUCACAGGGCUUGCUGCUUUAGGUGCUGGUCUAUUCAUGAUGUUUAGGGCGCGGAAGGCAGCUCGGCAACGACCGGCAGAAGCCCAUAUUGCUCACUUCAUAAACAGUAGUGGCAAGGAUAUGAAUACGAGCGCACAAGCAUUCGCGACUUACACACCCGAGCCUCGAGAAACGCCCAAUCCGCCCGAAAGAUACCAAUACCACCAACCCUACGAAGGAGAUGUUUGGGACGUCUCGACUCCGUGUCUACCAGCCCAAACCUUCGAUAAACAUAUGUAUGCUCAGACGGUCCCUCAUGGAGAGAUGGAGGGUACGGCAUACAAGACUUUAGACGCAAGGACGAGAAGGAGGAUGGAGCUCGAGGGAACAUUAUUUCAAGACACGGAUGGCAGGACGAUCGGGGCAGGGCCUACAGCCUUCUCUUCUUCGAACCACUCCCAUGUGGAUUCAGAAGAAGAAAUAAGGAGAAGGAUGGAGCUCGAAGGCGAAUUCGAUCGAAACGUCAAAGUGUCUUUAACAUCACCUUGGUUAACAACGGCCAGGCCUUUCCCACCAUCACAAUCGUCGUCGUCAUCACAACAUCACCCACCUUUUUAA